GUCACAGGUGAUAAAAGGCACCACAUCUGCCCCAUUGUUCUUCCUCCUUCGUACACCGAACUUUUGCGGAUACCUGGAAUAACACAGACAAAUGGCUGAGAACGCACCUAGAGGUUUUGGACGUGGCCGCGGUCGUGGACGUGGUCGUCGUGGCGCUAAGCGUGAUGAGGAGAAGGAAUGGGUUCCCGUCACCAAGUUGGGCCGUCUGGUGAAGGCCGGUAAGAUCAAGUCUAUUGAGGAGAUCUACCUUUACUCUCUCCCCAUCAAGGAGUUCCAAAUUGUUGACUUCUUCUUGCCCCGUCUUAAGGAUGAGGUCAUGAAGAUCAUGCCUGUCCAGAAGCAAACCCGUGCCGGUCAACGUACCCGCUUCAAGGCCUUUGUCGUUAUUGGUGACAGCGACGGUCACGUUGGUUUGGGUGUCAAGUGCGCUAAGGAGGUUGCCACUGCUAUCCGUGGUGCCGUCGUCUUGGCCAAGCUCUCCAUCAUGCCCAUCCGUCGUGGUUACUGGGGUACCGCUUUGGGUGAGCCUCACACCGUCCCCGUUAAGGUCACUGGUAAGUGUGGUUCCGUUACCGUCCGUCUUGUCCCUGCUCCCCGUGGUGCUGGUCUUGUUGCUGCUCCCGUCGUCAAGCGUUUCCUUCAACUCGCUGGUAUUGAGGACUGCUACACCACCUCCCGUGGUUCUACCAAGACUCAAGGUAACUUCUUGAAGGCUGCUUUCGCUGCUGCUGCUCGUACCUACGGUAUCCUUACCCCUAACUUGUGGGCUGAGCGUGCCCUCGGCCAAACCCCCAUUGAGGAGUACGCCGACGUUUUGAUGCAAACUGAGAAGAAGUACUAGAUUUAGUGCUUUAAUUAAAUUUGUUUCAAAAUAUUUUUUUCUGUUGAUUGGAUGAAGAGGUGUUGUAAAGUGAAUAGGAGGUCGUGUCAAAGAUGAGUUGGUAGUUUCGCGAACUGUAACAAUUAAUUCGAUCUUUCCCGUGUGAAUGUUUCCUCCCUCCUGUAAACUCUUAGUUUCUCAACCACUAUUGCUGGAUUACUGAAUUAUCUACUCCACUCCUGUGUUCUUCCCUCAAUAACAUUUAUUAGAAGUCAUCGUUGAGUGCAUGAGUUUGGUUAUCGUCAGCGUACGACCAAAGGCCUUGGGUACCAUAGUAAAAGAAUGUAGCUGAGGUUUAUUUACGUCUUCAUAGCCGGCACUCCAAGACGAAAAUGGCGAACAUUGUCCCUCUAAAAAGCACCACGAAGAAUCCGUUCAGCAAACUUAUCGCGGGCUUUUUGCAAAGAACUCAUGAAACCCAUCUCCUUGAUAUCGGAAACAAGUGCCUGUGCGUCGGAAGUGGGUGCUUUUGUGACACGACCAGCAAUGAGAACUGGAUCACUUUCGAGAAUAAUUCCAUCGUCAAUGGUCUCAUCAACAGUCAAUACAAGAAGACCAUAGUUCUCCAAGAGUGUUUUUUUGUCAGGGACGCCUUUCAGUAGCAGUUCCAAGGCGUCACGGACCGAGCAGACACACUCGUAUAGCAACAUCUCGUUCUCAUCGCUGCUUCCAACAACGUAGAAUACCAUAUCCAGUGUCUGGACAGCCACAACCUUGUGCUUCAUUACGACAGAGACAUCGUUUUGUGUUUUCCAAGUUUUCUUGAACACUGCUUUCUCAAAGGCCAAUUCCUCUUCUGUCGUCUGAAAUUCGUUCGUAUGUUCCGACGAAUCUAUGUGUGGAGCAGUGUAGUACUUAGAGAAAAUUCGUUUUCCAGAGCUAUCUAGAAUGAAGAGAGCCUGGAUAGCGUACAAACUCAG